AUGAUGUCAUCUUCAAUAUUUUCAUUUUUGCAACUUCAAGUUAAUCGCUAUGUAAUACCUAUUAUUAUAACAUUGGGUAAUAUUGGGAAUGCUUUUAUUAUAAUUUUAUUCAAUAAACGUCGUAACAAUUCUUGCUCAACCUAUAUAUUAUGGGCAGCAGUAAUGAAUAGUGCUUCUAUAACAUUGUACAGUGUUAAUCAUGGAGAUCCAGCACUUUACUCUCUUAUAUUUUGUAAAUUUCAUCCUUAUAUACCUCAAGUAAUUAGUCAAACAGCAAGAUAUCUUACUAUACUUGCCUGCAUCGAUCGAUUUUUUUCUUACAAUUCAUACUAG